UAAUAGCAUUAUAAAUAUUCUCGUUUAGUGAGUCUACUAGGUCAUGAAAGCAAAGACUUGGCAAAAGAAACUUCAUAUUUUGGUUGAAAUGAAGCUUGCUUUUGCUACACUGCUCAUUGUUUCCCUCAUUCUCAGCUCUUCCUUCCUCCAGCCAACCUCAGCUGAUGCUGAUCCAGGAUCUUGUGACGGGAGAUGUGCAACAAGAUGCGCAAAAGCUGGAGUGAUGAAACGCUGCCUCAACUUCUGCGGGCUUUGCUGCAACAAAUGCAACUGCGUUCCUUCAGGAACCUACGCCAACAAGUCGGAGUGCCCUUGUUACCGGGACAUGGUUAACUCCAAGGGCAAACCUAAGUGCCCUUGAAUCUUCAUCAAAUACUUAUAUGGUUUUUUUUUUUUCUUUUAUUAUUAUAACUUUAAAGUCAUUGAGUUUUCAUGUUUCUUUGAUGUGUAAUUAGAUCGAGACAAUGUCUAAUGAUUCAUCAUAUUAGGGUUGUUAGGUUGGGUAGUGGUGCUCAAGCAAUCAGCCCUAGAGUGGUCGAUUGGUCGGGAUUAAAGGUUAAAACGAUGGAGUGAGAGAAAUGACCGGCUCAUAAAAGAGUUUGAAUUGACUAGAUUUGAAAAAUUUUAGGACCCUUGUUUGUAC